AUGGACGGCAUUGUUGUCCCCGUACUUCACAAUGAUUCCUCCCCAGCAGCGGAAGCACUUUAUCGCAACACUUUGAUGAUGUUAAUGCAUGCUGCUGGCGGAUCAUCACAGCAAUUUUAUAAUACUCCUUCUUUGCUUGCAUCAAACCAAACUUCAAAUUCAACACACUCCGAUACCAAUGUUACAAUUCUUCUCUUCAUGACUUCCCUAUCUGCAACAAUAGAAGUCGUAAUAGCUUGUAGUAUCGGAGCAGUUCUUGUUUUUGUUGGAGUCUUAACCCCCGAACGUGUUCAGUUUAUGAGCAAACUUAUUUUCACUGUUUUCAGCCCAACAUUUAAUUUACAUGCCUUGUCUAGAGCGAUUAGUAUUGAGGCUCUUUCUCAUUUGUGGAUGUUACCAAUCAUCAAUCUAAUACAGACCAUUUUGGGAAACAUAAUUGGACGAAUUGUUUUUUUUCGAAAGUUUUGGAGAGGAACCUUAUCCUACGAACAGCAACAAGUACAACAUGUUACACAAACAUUUAAUAACGGAGUGACAUUACCUUUGGUAUUUAUGAGUGCUAUUUGUAAAAUUUCAGCAGGUGGUGUUUUGUUUGAUAUUGAUGUGGACAAGGCUGUAGAACAAGCAAUUGCGUAUAUUAAUGUGUACACUCUUCCUUCAAUAUUCCUAUUCUGGAGCUACGGUCUGACAGCCUUAUCCCCACCCAAGAAAGAAGAAGAUGAAAUUUCUUUAUCACCUUCCAAAGAUAUGUCUGAGCAUGCUGAAAUGAUAAAGCAUCAUGAGGACAAUGAAAGUGUGGGAACAACAGAGCUACAACAUUAUGAUCAUACUCAUCAUGAAUUUGAAGACAGUACAUUAAGCAUGGAGUUGAAAGAGCAUAAAUCUAUUGAAAACGAACAUCACACCGAAGUACGUCAACACAACGAGGAGUCCAAUCAUUUGGACAAUGGAAGUGUGCAUGAAGAAUCUGGCGUUUUUCAUGAUUUAGAGUCACCAAGCAUUACAAAUCAACAAAGAAGCUCUGUUUUUGCAAAAUGGACAGCUUUUUACAAUAACGACAGGAUGAAACGAGCACGAUUUAUUCUUAAACAAACCAUCAAUGCUCCUGUAAUUGCAUUAUUCUUAGGUACAAUUAUUGGACUUAUUGAACCUGUGAAAACUUUUUUAAUCACUGACCCACCAAUGAUAGUUAGCGCAUUUGUACACACAUUGACUCUUUUUUCUAGUGCCAUUUUUCCAAUUUCAAUGCUCAUUUUAGGUGCAAACGUGGCAACGACACUAAGAGCCUCUCUCAAAUCGUCCGUUGAUGAGAAUGAAUCUUCAUUGCCACUGUCAAAAAGGCUGAAAAAAUUCCUUAAUAUUUUAUACCUGUUGAAGUGGUUUAGAAAAAAGUUUAUUAAUUUCAACAAUCCUCUGGCGUUAGCUAUUAGUAUUGUUCUUAAAUUAGCGGUCAUGCCUCUAUGCGGAGUUGGGGUUGUUUAUUUAGGAACUGUAGUUUGGAAAAUUUUCCCUCCUGAUCCAAUUCUUGUUCUUACCAUCUUAGUGGAAUUUUCAGUACCUAUGGCGAUGGCAACUACUACCCUUAGCUCGAUUAACGGAGACUUUGGACAAAGCAUCAUUUGUGAGAACUUACUUUUCAAUUAUCUGCUGGCACCGUUGAGCAUGUCUCUUUAUUGUUGGUGGUUUUUAAAUCUUUGUUGCCAAUUUACUGGUUGUCUGUGA